CCCGCCCGCAGUUUAAAGAUGAAGCUCAUCCUCGCCCUGUGCCUCGCGCCGGCCGCCGCCCUCGUGGCGCCCGUGGCGCCGGCCGCGGCGCAGACGAAGAUGUCGGAGACGAAGGCGGACCUCGAGGCGCUCCAGAACUCGAUGCCCGGCCCGCCCGGCUACUGGGACCCGCUCGACCUCGCGGGCUCCACGAUCCUCGCCCAGUACGGCGUCGACACCGUCGAGGCGAACAUCGGCUGGUUCCGGCACGCGGAGAUCAAGCACGGCCGCGUCGCCAUGGCCGCGUUCCUCGGCUUCAUCGCGGGCUGCACGCCCCUCGUUUCCGGCGAGCACGCCGUCGCGCCCUACCGGGGCUACGUCGCGGGCGGCACGCCCUUCGAGCAGUGGGACAACAUGCCCCUCCUCGCCAAGGCGCAGAUCUUCAUCGCCGUCGGCAUGCUCGAGUCCUACGGCGAGGGCGCCGGCAACCCGGCGGGCUACGUCCCUUACCGUGUGGAAAUCGCACCCGACAAUUCUUCACGUCGCGUCCAUGGCGUGAGGUCACGAUUCAGCCGAGAAGCGCCGCGACAUUGAUUUCUUCACAGGUCCACUACACCAAGGGCGGCAAGCCGGGCUACUACCCGCCCAUCAAGGGCCGCGUUGGUGGCCAGAUCCAGUUCAACCUGUACGACCCCUUCAACUGGUUCCCCGAGCAGGGCGCGGAGUCCAAGGCCCGCGGCCUCAAGUCCGAGAUCCUUAACGGCCGCGCGGCGAUGAUCGGCAUCAUGGGCUUCUGCUCCGAGGCGAAGGUCCCGGGCUCCGUGCCGUUCCUCCACGGGAUUGAGGGCUUCCCGCACUACGACGGCAACGUCAUGAUCCCGUUCUCGAACGACUUCUCGCUCUUCGCGUAGAGAGUGGACGGUGAAAAAAUUUGGGAUGUUGGGAUGUGGCGACAGGUGCCGCACGCGCGCGCGCGGUGGCGCGGCGCGGGGGUGCGAACCUUUGUUGGGAUGGCGACGUGAUAAAACACACUUUCUAGUAA